CAGACAAGCAACCAGUGUGUGUGUGUCUCAGGCGACGUGUAGUGGUGUGUGUUUGUGGAUUCCCUCCUACAGGACACACGUGAUCUACAUGUAGGAUCUACAAGUAGGAUCUACAAGUAGGAUCUACAGUCAACUUCUACCACUACCUGAAAGGAUCUACCAGCCAUCUACAGGUGCACCCACCAUCCUUCUGCAGGAGCUGUCAGCUGUAGGAGUUCAAAUCUACUAGUAGUACCCACCCACGGGAGUACCCGCCCACAGGAGUACCCACCCACUACCAUCACCAGAAAGUAGAGAAGACAGUGUUGAAGUGUUGGCCGCCAGAGGUCCUAGACAGUGAAGGGGAUAAUUGAGGACCCUACACCUCUAGCAUCCUUACGCCCUCUUCCAAGACGACCAGGAAUUGCCUCUGAAGUCACAAGAAUGUCCCUCCUUCCCUCGGGAUCACCCCAUUUCUUAUCCCUCCUCCUCUUCUUCCUCCUCUUCUUCUUUUUCUUCCCUGUGACCUCAGGCGACGUUCAAGGUCAAAGUUCACAGGAGGAUUUCUCUGCCUCAUCUGGUCAACGACUACAGGAGGAACUACAAGACGAGGAUGACGACUUCGUGGUUGUGUGUUACUACGGGUCGUGGGCGGUGUACAGGCCAGGUCAGGGUAAGUUCGACGUAGAGAACAUCGACCCUCACCUGUGUACACACCUGAUCUACGGCUUCGCUGGCCUCCGACAGUCGAACAACACCAUCGUCAGCCUCGACCCUUACAACGACCUCUACGAUAACUACGGUAAAGGUGCCUACAAGAGGUUUACCCGCCUUAAGGAAAUCAACACUGACUUGAAGACCUUGUUGGCUAUUGGUGGCUGGAACGAGGGAUCCACCAAGUACUCACAGAUGGUGUCGAGCAAGAGCACGAGGUCGACCUUUAUUGAGAGCUGUGUUGAGUUCCUUCACAAGUAUGGCUUCGAUGGCCUCGACAUCGACUGGGAGUAUCCUACACAACGAGGAGGUCGACCUGAGGACAAGGUCAACUUUGGUCACUUGUUGGACGAGAUGAGGUCAGAGUUCAACAAACAUGAUCUCCUGAUGACGUCGGCUGUGUCGGCGGGCAAAAUCACCAUUGAUCUCGCCUAUGAUGUAGCUGCUUUGGCCAGGAACCUCGACCUGGUGAACCUGAUGGGGUAUGACCUGCACGGUAGCUGGGAACACUACGCCCAUCACCACUCCCCGCUCUACGCCCACCCUCUCGAUAAGGGCAUGAACGCACUCUUGAACGUCGACUGGGCGGUAAGGUACUGGAUUAGCAUUGGUCUACCGCCUAAGAAGCUGGUGAUGGGAAUGGGACUGUAUGGCCGCUGUUACACAUUAGCCCGGGCGGACGAACACGAUGUUUACUCUCCCGCUUAUCAACCUGGCCUCCCUGGACCUUAUACUAGAGAAGCUGGAGUCCUCGGCUACAAUGAGAUCUGCGAGGAACAGCUGAGACAGAAGUGGACGGUAGUGAGAGAGAAACACAUGGUCUCUCCCUAUGCCUACCAUGACCGUCAGUGGUGUGGCUACGAUGACGUCAAGUCCCUCACUGUCAAGGCGCUGUACAUCAAGGAGAAGGGACUCGGAGGCGGGAUGGUGUGGUCGAUAGAGACUGAUGACUUCCACGGGUUGUGUCACCAGCAUAACGAUACCUUCCCCCUCAUCACCACCAUCCACACUAUCCUGAGGGACGGUCCACCUGCCCCUACACCCACACCUGAGCCAGAGACUACCACGGAACCACCCACGACCACACCUGCCCCCACACCUGCACCCACACCUGCCCCCACCACCACCUGUCACAGAGAUGGCUUCAACGCUGACCCUAACGGCGACUGUACUGUCUUCUACGAGUGUCACCAGGUGGAGGGAGAGUGGGAGGAGUGGUUGUUUCACUGCCCUCCUGGUACAGUCUUUGUGGAGGAUCUGCAGAAUUGUGACUUUCCCGAGAACCACCCAGCGUGUCGCCUCCUGCCACCCAUCACUCUACCGACCACCACUCAGCCAGACACUACCCUUCCACCCACUACCCUGCCGCCCACCACCCUGCCACCGGAUACUACCCUGCCACCUACGACUCUGCCAGAUACUACCCUGCCACCUACGACUCUGCCAGAUACUACCCUGCCACCGCCCACUACCCUGCCACCCAUCUCUCAGCUCAAUUCCUCGCCUGACAUCCCAGACACAGAAAAUGAUUUAGCGAACGUAUUUUCUGAUAGCUACGGGUACCAGGCCUUCAUAGUGAGAGGCGGCGCUGGGAGACGCACACAGCACCUUCACACGGCACGUAACGAGAUCACAGCAGUCACACGCCCCAGAGAGACACCAGCUGGUACCACACAGGCUCUCAUUCAACGACCAGCCACAGCCGAGGGUCAGGAAUCAGCCUCACAGCCUUCAGACACAGACUCACUGCAGCCGCCGAAAACAGCCCCGGGUUCUGGCUACGCCUACCCGUUCCUGGCGUACAGACAGUAUCCGGAAACAGACCCUGGCACACGACACACCCAGCACCCAUCACAGACGUACAGACAGCCUCAGGAAACAACCAAAUCCACAACAUUGGAUGACGUAGAACACAAGAAGCUGAAAAAGAAACAGAAAUGGCUAAAGGCCUACAAGUUCUUUUCAGAGAAGUCAAACAAAUUAUUUUUUCAGAAAGCCGAAAAAAGAAAUAAAUAAGAAAGGCGAAAUUAAGCAGGAGGGAUGAGAGGGGAAAUAUUGUCCAAGAAUAGUUCGUUAAAAAAAAAGUCAGGAUUUCUUUUUUAACGAUGGAAAAAAAAACUGAGGUGAUUAUAAAAGGAUAGAAGCUGUGGUAAGAUGUUUGUCUCCUCGGGAAUAUGAGAGUUAAGAAGAAGUUUUUUGUUUACUGAGUUUAAGAUCUGUCAGAAAACUUCACAACAGUUGCUUCAGAACAGCUGAUCACAAAAACAACAACAAACUAGCAAUAGAAAACGGACAAGUGAUAGCAUUCUCCAGUCGACAGUCACCGACCCACCACUCUAAUAUCUCUGUGACCGGGCCAGCCAGUCAGCCAGCCAGCCAGCCAGUCAGUCAGUCAGUCAGCCAGCCAGCCAGUUAAUCUCCACCGCAGCUGAUGUUAUGAUUAUACGUCUAAGCUUGUGCUUAUAAAUACUACCUUGUAUCUUGUGUUAUGAAUAUAUGACCCAAGCUGA